CAGGAAGUAAACAUUGUCCCCAUGCAGUUUCCGCUAUAUUUCGUUUGACGUUUAACUCCAUAUGCUCUCGUUUUCGUCUGUUUUGUAGCCAACGUUACACCGACUGCAGCUAUGAGUGCAAUAAUUCCUCGGAUAGAGCAGCUGUCUGCCAGAGUUAUUCGGGUUUUGGGCUGUAACCCGGGACCAAUGACCCUGCAGGGAACCAACACUUACCUGGUCGGAACUGGGCAAAGGCGGGUGCUGAUAGACACUGGAGAACCUGCUGUGCCUGAAUACAUCAGCAAUCUAAAACAGGCACUGACACAGUUCAACACCAGCAUCCAGGAGAUCAUCGUCACACACUGGCAUCACGACCACACGGGUGGAGUGGAAGACAUCUGCAGGGACAUCACAGGUUCUGAAAUCCAAAUCAGCAAACUUCCUCGCUCCAGCCAAGUCAAAGAGACAGCCGGAAACAAAAGCUAUACUUAUCUAAAAGAUGGAGAUGUUGUCCAGACGGAGGGGGCCACACUCAAAGUGCUGUUCACCCCAGGUCACACUGAUGACCACAUGGCCUUGCUGCUGGAGGAGGAGCGGGUGAUCUUCUCUGGAGACUGCAUCCUGGGUGAAGGCACAGCCGUGUUCGAGGAUCUGUUCGACUACAUGAACUCUCUGAAGAUCCUGCUGGGCUCUCAGGCUGACAUCAUCUACCCUGGUCAUGGACCUGUGGUUGAGAAUGCUGGCUCUAAGAUCAGAUACUACAUCAGCCACAGAGACAAAAGAGAACAGCAGAUCCUGGCAGCCAUUCAGGCAGGAGUAGGAAAGCCUUUCUCCUCAAUGGAGCUUGUCAAGAUCGUCUAUAAGGACACCCCUGAAUCCCUCCACAAAGCAGCUAACAUCAACCUGGUCCAUCACCUAAAGAAACUACAGAAAGAAGGCAAAAUCAGCAUGCUGAAUGAAUCUUCACAGAACGUCAAAUGGAAGAGUAGCCUAUGACGGCCACACAGACUGAAGAAAUGGACUUCAACUGACAAUCUAUCUGGUCAACAGCUGAUGAUUUUUCAGUCAAAAAUGAUCACAUAAUACUUAUGGUUUAAUGCCUCAGAUCUGCUGAUUGAAAGAAAUGUUGGUGAAGAAUAAGGGAUGGUGGUCACACUUGCUGCCUUGGACGUUCCUGACUCAGAAUAUACAAAACAAGACCAACAAUCACACUCACAAGAGGCCUGUAAUACGAAGCCAGUUCAACACACCCAGGAUAUCUUCCCGGCUUCACUAAUCCUUGCAUUGGCUGUAUGGAUAACUAACUAAUAAUUGAUGCAUUUAUCAUAAUUGGAGCCAGUCACAGUGUGUGGAUUAUUUUUCUAAUAAAAUCUAAUCUGGUUUUUAUUUCCAGUUUUCAUCACACAGAUGUCUCAUGUUAUUUUAUCUAGUACACUGUCGGCUGUCACUGUGGAGAUGAAAUAAACUUUGCACAAAUUAAAGUGCAGCUGAAAUUAUUACGUGUUAUGCAUUGUAAUUGGGCAGGAUUAGAGACUGGAACGAUGAAAUGAUCCUACUGACGUAUAACAAUAUGUAAACCUACUCUUUUUCAUCUGUCACUCCGGACGUUUUUCCAUGUCUGGAUAAUUAUUACAAGUGAUCUGAUUGGUCAGAGGUCAGGAUGUUGACAGGUUGUGAUCAGAUACUUAAAAGUUAACCUGGUUUGGAGCAGGUUAGCUGUUCAACACAAUUUACCAAGGUGAUUUAUCCUGUAAAAAAGAGAGCCAGCUUCAUAGUCCUGAAAACCCUGGAUUAAUCCUGUUUUUACCUCACUAACCCCAAUCCUGCUUCGUAGUACAGGCCUCAGGACUGAGGUGACUGAGUUUACAAGCCCAAAAUUUGUCUGGAGGUCAGCUGAAUUCGGCCUGUGGCAGAAUGCAAGUUUGCCCCAUCCUGUAAUGUGAUUGUGUGUCACAAUGUCCCCAUCUGUCUGAAUGAAAUAGCUUGUCUGAUUUGUCCUCUUCUUCAUGUAAGAGUUUAGCCUUUGUUACUGCCGUUGCUCAAAUUAGCAGACUCUAAGUAUGGCUGCGGCCCUAAACCUAAUCAUAUGGAACAUAUAGCUAUUUUAUUAGUGGAAUUGGAACACAAAUCUGUCUUGUAUCUCCCCCUUUAUUUUCCUCUUCAUUUUCUUCUUCUUCUGAUUCCAUUUGAUGCCUGUAGCCAUUACAAGACACUGUGAAACUCAUGCAGAAGGUCCUUUAACUCAAGUAAAACAGUUUGAUUUGGUGUAAGAAAGAUUUGAAGAACAGACUUCAAGGAAGAAGGCACAUUAGUAUGGUGGCACAGGGUAAAGGUCAGUAGGAUAAAGAAUUCUUGCAAAUUUGGUAUGGUCUCAGAGUGUUGACUGUGGCAGGUUACAUCAUGUUUUUACAUGAUGAGAUAUAUGUAUAUAUUUCUAUCCAGACCACCAGUUUUACAUCUGCUCUCACCAUAUUACAAUUUUUAUUUAAUCUUGUGUCUUUGUCUUUUCAGUCUUGACAAUUAGGCACUUAUUCUAUAAGUAUGGCGCAAGUCUUCAGUUGGUCACUAGGUGGCAGUCUCUGCUAAUUUUAUUGGGGGAUAACCUGAACAGUAAAUUAUGAUAAUAUACAAUUACUGCACUGUAUGGCAGACAGUACAAAUAUUUUCUAUUUGUUAAAAAUAAUGAAAAAUGCAAAUAAUGUGAAUAUGUGUUGGAAAAGAUUGCUGAAAAAAUACUGAAUGAUCUACAACAGCAUUCUAUUGUAUGGUGGUGUUGUAUUUUUCUGGUCAUGAAUAAAAAUGAUUGUGUAUUUGUGAUAAUUAUUAGAUCAUACUUUGGAAAAACUCAUGAAUACAGAAGUGUCGCCACUUAAACACAGCUUUGAACAGCUGAAUAUGAUCUCAUCUUAAUCAUCAUAAUUAUCUAGUAUUCAGGUGAGUAAUAAUUAGAUCUACUGCAUGAACCUUUGACCUGUGGUUAACUUCUUGAGUUCCAUCUAUUUUCAUAUUGACUAAGCUCUGAUGCAAUCUGAGUGUUUGGGAUUUUUUUUUUUUUAAUAAAGAUACAGGAAGAGCUUUUUCUGUUGU